AUUUUAUUAUGACGUCUGAAUUCAGCUCAAUAGUAGAGGGCGCUGUUUGUGAAGAAGCUCACUGUGAAUCGAUUACCGACGUCACGUUCUAUGUGAAGGAAAAGAAGAAACUCUGUCAUGACUGUGCUUUGAAAAAAGAAUGCAUCGGAAUAGUACGAAGAGGUGAGCCUAAUCUCUUCUGUCAGGAACAUAACGAAUCAAUACGUUUGUACUGCAGAACACAUAACGUAGCAUUAUGUUAUCCAUGUGCGUUGACAGAUCAUCGCCAACAACAAUGCGUUCAUGAGGAUAUCAUGAUCGCACUGAAGAAAAAUAGAGAAGAUCUCAGCAUUCUAAAGAAUAGAGCGAUUGAUAAAUCAGAGAUAUGUCGCAUCUAUGGGAAUGAGAUUCAUAAGACCAGACAAGCCAAAGACCAACAUUUACAAGGUAUUCAGAAUGAUGUUGAUUCCGAAAUCGAAAACGAGAUCGAAAGAGAGACAGCCAGGGAAAGGGAAGAUGCUGAUAAAAUCGACAAGGAAAUUGAUGGGGAAAAUGAGCAAUUGCAAGAGGAGAUUCGAAAGCUCCAGGAUAAAAUUGAAAAGAACAAUGAGAAGAGAGAGAAGCGGCACGAAGAAAAUCGUUUAAAUGCAGAGAAAAGACGACAACCGAUAACUGAUAAACAACACAUUAUGCAUGCUGACAUUCAGAAGAUCGCUCAAGAGAUCGAGAGAAAGAUUGGAGAGCUUGAGAAAUCGUGGCAAGACGACACCAAAUCAGCAGAGAAAGCAAAAGAGACACUAGACAGAAUUCUUGAAGAUGAUAAAAAUAUUGUAAUAGAUGGACAUCGCGUGAGUGCAUCAGUGAGUGAGGAACUAAAGAAGCAACUGAAAGAGGGUGAGGUGAAAGAAAUAAAUCGUGUUGUAUCUGGUGUGAGGUUUGUGAAGGGUGUUGGGAGAGAGAAGUAUGAUGGAAGAAUCGAUGGGUAUGAUGGAGAGUGGAAGCUCAUUGAUACAAUCAAUGUCACAGAUAAAAUCAUGUACCCUUGGAUUGUUGGAUGUAUAGAUGAAGAUAAGGUGAUGAUCACAGAAGCACGGAUUGAUAAAGGAGAUACGUACAUGUUAAAUUUGAAUAGUAAAACCACACAGGGAGUGAUCAACGGUAGUGAUACAUCAUAUAUAAUCUCAUGUGCAGUACUGAAUGAUGACAAGAUAGUAUGUGGUAGAUACAUCAAAGGUUGUACAGGAGACAGUCUACCUGGGUGCAUCAGUGUAUACGACAGACAGUGGAAUCACAUCAGUGAUGUCACAAUACCUACAAAGACGACGAAUAACGAUGCAGGGUUGCAUCUCGGGUUGCGCGUUGCAAUCGAUCAUGAUGGGAUGAUAAUCGCUGCUGAAUGGGGUCAGUCUGCGAUAUACGUCAUCAACCCAGCUAAUGAUGAGAUUGUCAAUACCAUCACGUGUAAAGAGAAGAUAGUAAUGUACGAUGUGCUGUCAUCAGGUCACAUCAUCGCUCGACCUUCACCACCUGAUCGCAGAGCACUCAUCAUUGAGAGAGAGGGUGAUCAUAGGGAAAUCCCCCACAGUGACGUCAUCUUGAAUGUGUGUAUUGAUCGUAUGACAGACGACCUCUACGUCGUGACAUCAGAUGAUGAGAACAAGACGUGUGUGAUUGAUCAGGUCAUGAGUGAGGGUGAUAUGAAGAAGAGAAGGGUAGCAUCAUUCCCUUUAUCAACUAGACCGGGGAAUAGAUAUAAUCACCUGUUAGGAUCUCGAGUGAUGAUGACGUCAUCAGGGAAUAUUAUUGCUUGUGAUAGGGAAGAUAUUCUCAUAUUCAAAAAGCUAUUUGUCCUCUAGAUCCAUGAGAGUGUUGACGCGGUAUUGCGACCCGGAAUGUGAGUUAAUCGAAUUAUUCGCUCUGUAGAAACAGGUUGAUUUAAGUGCGAUACGUUUUUUUAUUCCGGAAAAACCCGUUUUUAACCAUUUUCUGAAUUGUACACUUUAUACCAGAUUAAAACGUUACCUUCUGAAUAAUGGUUGUUAUGUAUCUGCAGAGCAGCGUUUUAUCACUUUAAAUAUGCAUUUCAUUUCUCCCUUCACCAUGUGAUCAGAUAUAUAGUUAUCAACAUAAUCAUCAUAAUAUAAUGCCUGAUUAUAGGCAUUCAUUUAAUAUGUAUAACGUGCCACCUGUAUCAAAGCUAUGAUGACAUAAUGAAUCAGUUCGUGAUCCCUCAAACGAAUUUCAGUCUCAUCCUUAUUCAAUAGUGAAAAGGAAAUUGCAUGGCGUGUUUCACUAUGAUAACCGAGUGCAAAUAGAGGAACUAUCGUAAAAGGAUUGGUUUAUACCCUGGAUCACAUUUUACUUCUGAAACUUACACCGUGUUCACACAGUGACUCGGCUCGGGGGUUCGUCCUGCAAGCCGUGCUUGCUUAACACGGUAAUUUUAUGUUUUUGUCAGUGUGAUCCGCGAAUCGUGUCGAACAACGCCUUUUUUGAUCCGCCGAAAUCGUAGGUUUAAACCCCCCGAGUCGAGUCAGACUUGCCUAUUUUUUCAUGCGUAAACAGAAAGCCGUGUCGAACCCGCAAAACCUAGGUCAAAU